AAUAUAUAUGCAAGGUGGGGGAGAAGGAGAUGAAGAAUAUCACAGAAAUCCAAAUCCCCCUAAUAUUAUUGUAGCAGUCAUGAGUUCUGUGGGUGUAUUUCGUAAGGUGGAAAAGGAUGAAAAAUCAUAUUGGAUAUACACAUUAACACAUCCCGAUGAAGCACUAGCCAUGGAUCCUUUUUUUCUUUGUCCUCGUGCGCGUCUCAAACUCCUAAAGCUCAAACUAAAUAUGCCCGUUGAUGAUGAUGAUGAUGAUGACGACAGCGACGAUGGUGGUGGUGGUGACGAUGGCGAUGAAGGUAGUGGCAAAGAAGAAGACGACGACGAUGAUGAUGAUGGCAAAGUAGAUGGCGAUGAAGAUGGUGGCAAAGUAGAUGACGAUGACGAUGAUGAUGAUGAUCCAAAAGACGAUGAAAAAGAUGCUCACGAAAAUGGUGGCAAAGUACCUAACGAUGACGAUGACGAUGACUUUGACGAUGACGAUGAAGAUAAAUAUGUCGAUGAUGAUGAUGAUGAUGAUGAUGAUGAUGAUGAUGAGGAUGAUGAUGAGGAUGAUGAUGAUGAUGAAGAAGAAGCAUCCCAUGUGUAUUUUGGUGAUGAUGAUGCUAUUCCUGAGUUGUCCCCGUACAAUUCAUCCCCUCACUUCUUCACCAAAGGAAAUGGUGAUCAGCAAGACAAAUCUUUGCUUGAUUGUGACCACCCUGGAAUCUGUAAACUCCCUGUAGUGCCUCUUUUUUGGUGCAACAAUGAAGAACCUGAUCGUGAAGAAUUCGAGUGCGGCGCAUGCGAAAUGGAUAUGCCCAGCGCAAGCUAUUUUGCAUGCCUCCAAUGUAGAAAAAAGUUUCAUAAAGAAUGUGUUGAAUCUCCACUUGAAAUCAAACACCCUUCCCACCCCUAUCAUUUUCUUCGCCUUUACAGUUUUGCAAGCACGGAAAUGAUUUGCAACCGUUGUAAGGAAGUUGUCUUCGACAUGUUUUAUCACUGUACUACAUGUGAUUUGAGUAUGCAUCCUGUGUGUGCGAUGAAGACGGUACCCUUUGUUUUGUCGUGAUAAGAAUAAGCGGUCGAUGUGAAAUUUUGAGACGCUGUGAGAAGCGAUGGGUCCAACAUCUGGACCGAUCGGUCCACUUUAAACCAGCCAAAGUACUAGAGUGUAUCAGACCGAUCGGUCCAACAUCUGACAGAGAUCGGUAAUAUUUCCUUGACGGCCAGUUCGAGUUUUCUUAGCCCGUUUUGUUUUUCUUAUGUCUGUAAUAAACGACUUAUGCUUUGUGUUUUUUGAGUUUUUGAAGCUUUGAGACUUUUGUAAUUUAUCUUUUGCAGAUUUGAGAUUCAUUCAUUUUUCUUCACAAUUGGUGAAGAAUUCUAAACUCUUUUACUCUUUA